AUGGCUCCUCGUCGCACUCUGGGACUUCACCCGGGAGUCUACUGUUCCUUGGUGCAAAGUCGAGCGAGGCGGCAGCUUGUCAUAUCUGAUGAGGAACCACAAACGAAGGGGCUGCGGAUGACAAACCGAAACGCCUGUGGCGUCACCAAGACCUUAAGUUACGGGACACGUGCCACGUACCUUGCCCGACCAGUGACGUCUUCAAUGAUGGGGUUCCAAGGACCCAUGACCCCGAGAAUGAGGACACAAACGCCGGUUUCGACACCCACCGAAUGCCAAUGGCUGCUAUUCUUUCGUAUUGAGGCGUGUAUAUUCCAGUGCCUGGCUCCACGUGGAACGGUGGAGGUAGUGGAACACCUCAAAGAAGUACGUUCUACUCUCCCUUCCAUGACGUCGACACCUGGGUGGGCUGCUGCUGGAACGAUACCCGCGUGGUCUGGUGCGUCUGCGCGGCAGCCACCUGCCAGCCCCAGAAGCGGAACGUACGGAUUGCCGUUCCAGAGAGCGUCUCCUAUGAAUGUCGCGACGUUCAAAGAGCGCGCAGGGGCUCUAGAACAAGAAGGGAACGUGGGCGCUCAGGGAGGAAGGUACGCACCUAACGCAGUACCUCCGCAAGGGCAAGUGACGAGUCCGCACUACGACCAAGGAGUCCCCAAUGGCUCGCACGGGUCAGAAAGAGGUGCACCGCAGGACGUUCCGAUUGUUGGUAUCCCGACGGAAUUGCGGAACGCUGUGAAAGCUAUCGUUUCGUUCUACUCAGAGACGGCCACGUACAAAAGGGCGGCCGCGUUCUGGCGUUCCUUCGACAGGUGCAUGCUCGGUUUGGACGCCCAAAUGCGGUUGACAGCCUUCGAGCAGUGUCUAAAGGGCACGUUGGGUCAAGAAUGGUGUUACAAUGCGAGGAUUAACGAUUUUGAAACUCUGGGAGCCGUUUUGAACGCGAACUUAGCUGCGUCGAUCCAGGAAGCGUGCGCUUUAUUGCUGUACAAGAAUCUGCACCUCCCUGUGGAAGAAGCGGACGAGUUUGCGAAUAGUAGAACGACGCUGAGGAACGUGAGCGCCGUGACGUCCACACAGUCGCAGAUGCUCCAUCAGCUUCAACAAAUGAACCAGUUGAUGCUGAAGCGGCAGCAGGAUCCUGGCACGUCACAAGGGUUCGUCGGCGCCGUGGCGCCCACGAACGUUCCAAGUUCUAGCGUUCAAGGCCUGCCACGCGUACCACGGAAGGGGAAGUGGUUUGCGGACGCUGUGGACGUGUUGGAUGUGGUCGUGAGACGUGUCCGCGGGGCCAUGGCCGCUAAGAUCGGUGCAACGAGCUUGGGUACUACGCGAUGGAGUGCAACUGGCCGAAACCCCAAGGGAAUUACCGGAGCCGGGAACGUCGCCAAGUGGAAUAUGGCUGCUAUGUGGAACGUGACUGUACCCGCUGAGACGCUGUCCACUCGCUCGAAGCCGUACGAAGGAGCACUCGAAACGAUCACGGAGGACGCAUCUGGCGCCAGGUCAAGUCAGCUCUCGGCAGUCACUGGACAAGUGAGCGCAGGUCAAGAAAGGACAGAAGCUCAGAAGGCCGAGGAAGACAAAGAACGUACUAAGGGGAAGGAUUCGACGCAGCAUUACGAGCGCCUGCUUACCGACGAGGAGCUGGACAUGCUCGAGCACGGUGGCGACCAG